GAGCCACACUAUUACACCAAUAACAUAUCCUCAACAAUCUCCACAAAGGUGACAGCUCAACACCAAGACUUGCCGUCCUGGUAUUUCUCGCUGUUGCCGUCUCGUUUGUACCCACCUGCCUCCUGCUCGUCCAGCUCAAGGCGGCGAUGGAAUCCCUGGUCGUGCUGCUGCUGCACCCCAUGGACACCUACCUGGAGCAGGAGCUCGACCGCCGCUGCCGCCUACUCCGUUUCUGCUGGGACUCGCCGCCCGACCGCCGCCAAGGCUUCCUCCGCACCCACAGCACGUCCAUCCGCGCCGUCGUCACCAGCGGCGGCUCCGGCGCGGACGCCGCGCUCAUCGACGCCCUACCACGGCUCGAGAUCGUCGCGUGCUACUCCGUCGGCGUCGACCGGGUCGACCUCGACAGGUGCCGCGAGCGGGGGGUCCGGGUCACCAACACCCCCGACGUUCUCACUGACGACGUCGCCGACCUCGCCGUCGGCCUCGCAAUCGCCGUGCUCCGCAGGAUCCCGCAGGCCGACCGCUAUGUCCGCGACGGCCAGUGGAAGGCCAAGGCCGACUACGCCCUCACCACUCGGUUCAGUGGCAAAAGAGUUGGCAUUAUUGGACUGGGCAGGAUAGGGCUCGCUAUUGCCAAGCGAGUGGAAGCUUUUGGUUGCCCAGUCAGCUACAACCAAAGAACGAAGCAAGCAUACCCCAAUUACACCUACAGCCCGACGGCGAUUGAACUGGCAGCAAACAGCGACGUGCUCGUGGUGGCCUGCUCUUUGAACGAGCAGAGCCGCGGCAUCGUCAGCCGCGAGGUGAUCGAGGCGCUCGGGCCCAGGGGCGUGCUCGUAAACAUCGGCCGCGGCGCGCACGUUGACGAGCAUGAGCUCGUCUCGGCGCUCGUCGACGGCCGCCUCGGCGGCGCGGGGCUCGACGUGUUCGAGGACGAGCCCGAGGUGCCCGAGGCGCUGUUGGCGCUCCACAACGUCGUCCUGGCGCCGCAUAUGGGGAGCGGCACGCGCGAGACCCGCAGGGCGAUGGCGGACCUCGUCCUCGGCAACCUGGAGGCGCAUGUGCUGAAGAAGCCGCUUCUGUCUCCGGUUGUCUGAUGGGGACACGCCAAGUGCGAGGUGUGUCGUGUAUCUGAAGGUGAAGCUCGAGAAGAUGUUUCCCAUUACAUGGUUAAUGGUUCGAUGAUCUGUUCUUGUUGUUCCGAGGCGCUGCACUCAAUGUGCUGCUCGUUGGCCGUUUCUUCCUACUUGUUUGAGUUCUCAGUGUACUUGUCUCGGUUUAAACGACCAUACUAACCUAUUGGAAUACGAUGUGGGUUGUCUUGUGUUGACGCGAUUA